UCAACGCUUAGUAUAUGUUGCUUUUUUGGUGUUGACCGUGUUGAUCGUGUUGAUCAUUUAUUAUGAAGUUAACACAAUAUAGGUUAUAUUAUCUAUAAUUAUGGUUAAAAGAAUAGCAGUAAAUAAUCAUUUAUUAUUUUUGGCUAAUUUUAGGUCCGUUAUCUGUCCAGAGUUUUAGUUUAUUUAUAGAAAGUUGUAUAUUUAAUAUUUGUGUGUCCAAAUAUCAUUUUCAACAUUAUGAUGACAUUUAGGUUAUUGUAUUAUUUAUUUCGAAAAGCUCCGGUCACUAAUUUAUGCCUAAAGAAUACUCAUUUACUCACACCUUUAAGUUUAAAUUUUAAAAGAAAUAUCCUUCUUAAUUAUGAACAAAGAAACUAUUAUAAAAACUUUGGUCCUCGACGUCCUGGAAGGUCUCCACUGAUAAGUAAGCUAUUGGUUGGGAUUAUUUUGUUUGGUCAUUUUGCAGUAUUUGUGGAUUGGGAAGAAGUGGGCAGAAGGGUUUUUCCUUCUGUUGAUGCUCAAGAAGAAAUUAAUCAAAAUGAACUGAGUGAUAUUAUUGAACCACCGAAAUCAAAGAAGCACCGUAAAGAAAAAAUUGGAUUUCGUGAUCGAAAGAUAAUUGAGUAUGAAAACCGUAUGCGUUCUUACUCAACUCCUGACAAAAUAUUUCGCUAUUUUGCCACUGUUAAGAUACCAACAUCAGAUGGAUUUGAAAUAUACAUGACCCCUGAUGAUUUUCUAAGAGCAAUUACUCCUGGAAUGAAGCAACCAGAUGGUAUAUUGUUUUAUUUAUUUAUUGAAAGUUAUCAAAGAAAUAGAAACAAAAUGAUUGGCUAUCAGUCUUGGUUUGAUAUACUUCAUUUUAUUUUCCCAUAUUUAGAUAANAUUACAUUUUCUGAUUACAUCUUCCUAUUGACUGUUUUAUCGACGUCUCGAAGACACUUUGAGAUAGCUUUCCGGAUGUUUGAUUUAAACGGAGACGGUGAUGUGGAUUGUGAAGAAUUCGAAAAAGUAGCCACAUUAAUUCGACAACAAAGUAGCAUAGGUUCACGCCAUCGUGAUCAUUCAACGACUGGAAAUACUUUUAAGGGGGUUAAUUCAGCUCUGACUACUUACUUUUUUGGUCCAAAUUUGAAACAGAAACUGACAAUAGAAAAGUUUUUGGAUUUUCAAGAAAAGUUGCAGAAAGAAAUAUUAAGUUUGGAAUUUCGAAGAAAAAGUCCCAAUGAAGAAGGAUUUAUAACAGAAGCAGACUUCACAGAACUAUUGCUGGCUUAUGCUGGAUAUCCACAAAAGAAGAAGGCAAAGAUGUUAAAAAGAGUAAAAAAAGCUUUCCGAGACCACGGUAAGGGAAUUUCAAAACAGGACUACUUAGAUUUUUUCCACUUUUUAAAUAAUAUAAACGACGUCGAUACAGCACUGACUUUCUACCAUAUCGCUGGAGCUUCUAUAGAUCAGCUAACAUUGAAACACGUUGCUAAAACCGUAGCCCACGUUAAUUUGGGUGAUCACGUUGUCAACGUUGUAUUUACUAUUUUUGAUGAAAAUCAGGACGGCCAAUUGAGCAACAGAGAAUUCAUAGCUGUAAUGAAAAAUAGAUUACUAAGAGGACUGGAGAAACCAAAAGAUACAGGUUUUGUUAAGUUUAUGCAGUCGCUUAUAAAAUGUGCCAAGGAAACUCGACCCGCUCUGUUAGAUAUUUAAAAAAUAAUUUGCAGCUAUUACCUAGGAUAUUUUCUUAUGAAUACUGUUUAUUAUAUAGAAGGUGUUCACUUUCAUUUUCUAAUUUUCAUUAUAUUGAUUCAAUUAGAAAUUAUUAAGUCAAGUUUUAAUUUUGAUCUUUAUUAUUUUAUUCACGAGAUUUGCUCUCAUUAAAUAAGCAAUUGCUUUGUAUUCAUCUAUCAAAACAAACGUUUAAGGAAUUAAUAAGUAUAUAGCUAAUGACGAUUUGCAAUUUUAUUAGAAGUGAAGGUGCAAAUCUUUUUUGAAAUGAAAUUUUAAAGAGAAGAUAAUUAAUUGACCACGAACAUAAUGUUUUUCAAUAAAAAAACGCUGCUUUCUGGUUACUUCUGAAAAAAUGUAAAGUGCAUUCAGUUUAUGUAUAUGGUACCUCUGUAUAUGCCUAAUUAUUUAUUUAUAAAUUGUUUGAUGAUCUGUAUAAUUUGGUUUUAUUGUUUCUUUUUAUAAUGAAAA